AUGCAUAGCUAUCAUGCUGAGAGGAAGAGACAUUCAAUGGACAUCUAUUUCCAGAUCACAGGCCUAGAUUUAUGGAAAACACAGGGGGUCAAGGCAUUGCUUGAUAGCAGUUGUAGUACUCAUUGCAUUGACACCUACUACGCAUGUGCAGAGAGAUUGGAAAUCCAGGAGCUUCCACAACCCAUUGGGGCCCAAAACACUAAUAACACAGAACAUCAGUGGCCAAAUCACCCACUGCAUGGACUUGUGUCAUAA